CCUACAGGGCAACAACAUGGAUUCAGCGGCUGAGGUUAGCCAGGAAACCGGGUUUGCCGGCGACAGCGGUGCCGCCAAGAUACAAGAGCGACUUCAGAGACGGCACCAGACGAGGAUAGAGGAUGCCGAGCGGCGGAAGGUAGCUAAAGAGAGCCAGUCUGUCGCGGAGGAGAAGGGCGAGUAUUUCUACAGCACUUUCAACAAAGAGCGGGCAUCCAUCGAGGAGCUGCUGUCCAGCUGCUCCGGUGCUGACCGAGCUGUGCUGACUCAGAAGCUGGAGGAGGCGACGGCCAAAACGCUACAGCUGCAAAAGUUUCUCAAUGACAGCUUGUUGUUUCUAACGCAGUACGAUCUGGGACAAGCCCAGGCUGCUCUCCAGAAACUCCAAACCUCCCUCGCCGAGACCAGAGAGGAGGGUCUGCCCAAGAAAAAGUUUGCCUUUCGAGCUCGCACUAAAGCAGCAGAUAAAGUCUCUGCACCCGUGUCAGACACACCUUCACCUGAUGCUGGCCCACCUGCUGAUGCUGGCAGCACCGAAGUGGAUGGAGCUGCUGCUCAGUGCGGCUUCUCCAACAUGGACAAUGUGCAUCUAACAAAGACAGCUGAGGAGAUCCAGAGAGGAGACGUGCUGUUGACUCACCUGACUAACUGCAAGGUGCGUCUGUUGGGGUCCCCCAGCACGCUGCACAUGAAACAUAUCGACAGCUGUGAGAUCCUGUGUGGGCCCGUGUCUAGUUCAGUAUUCGUUGAUCAGUGUAGAAACAGCACUCUGGCUUUCCCUUGUCAGCAGCUGCGCACCCACAACACCACAAACACACAGGUGUAUUUGCACGUCACCAGCCGAGCCAUCAUAGAGGACUGUCGUGGAGUGAGCUUCGCCCCAUUCUCCUGGUCUUAUCCCACCUUGGAGGAGGACUUCGCUGUGUCCGGCCUAGACCGGGACCGAAACAACUGGAGCCAGGUGGAUGACUUCAACUGGCUCGCUGCAGGAACACCUUCCCCUAACUGGACUGUCAUUCCAGAAGAAGACAGGAAAACCACUUGGGACCCCUAGAAUUCCACUAUUUGCCAAAGUAACAUGUUAAUCAAACUAUCAAAUGAAAUGUUCUAAGCCCAAAUACACAUAAAUAAUUUUGUCUGUGUUAUUUCACAAAGAUCAGUUUGUUUCAUACGGUUUUCUUUUUCAGCCACUUACUGUAAGUUUGAUUGUUUGCGCUGCUGUUGUUGGCAGAUGUUAUCCACGGAAUGUGUUGCUAAUAAAUGUCAGAAAAUAGAGAAAACUGUCAGUCAAACAUUUCUAAAGCUCAUGGUGACAUCUUCAGGUUGUUUGUUUCAUCUGACCAACAGUCCAAACUUACAUAUAUUUACCAUCACAUAGUAAGGCAAAUCUAAAGUGAACAAAGGUCAAUUAUAACACCAGUAUAACAGCAACAAUAGGCUUAAGGCGAUCUACAGUGGCACAAAAUCACCUGGAUUUCAAUAUAUCGAUUCGAAUAAAAGCCAGAUAAAGAGCCCUUUGCUAAAAUUAUGUGCCUUCAUGCUGCUGCCAACCACUGAUAGUGAACAGCACUUAAAGUCGUCACUGGUGGUCUGACAGUGCAAAUAUAUCUAGUCUGCAAAUAAAGAGUCAAUUCCUGCACAACAACAUGAAGCCUUUGCGUGUCCUGCUGAUGAUAAUGAUGACAAUUUGUUUUUAUUACAAAAAGAAAUUAAACACAAUUUCACAUUAAUCAGACGUUCAUGCCAACAAGAGA